AAGCGCCCGACUCUUCUGCAAGACUCAGCAUGCACCUUAUUUCACAUUACAUGCAUGAGGAUUAACCCUCGCUUUAGACCUUUUCCCCAACGAGUCUAGAUUGUUUUUGUCUGUUGAAAUAGUCCUUUGUUUACAUGCAAUACCUUACUCUGCGGAAGGCUUUGGCAGUGCUGAGUGAUUCUUACCAGCUGUUUCCCGCCUUGUACGAGACAUCUGAUCAGCUGCAGAAAGUACACACACACACACACACACAUAUACACACAUGCACAUACAGCCAGGGAGAGGGAGCGCCACACACACGCAGAGGAAAUCCCAUCAGCUGAGAGACGAAUAACAUUACAACUGGCGCACACGAGACGGAGGCUUACAACACCCAUUAAAAAAAAGAAGAAGCGUAGAAUCGUGCAAGAAAAUUAAGGGCGCUAACAACGGAGUCGAGACGCGGGACGAAAGCAUGGAGUAUUUCAUGGUACCGAGUCAGAAGGUGCCGUCUAUACAGCAUUUCAGGAAAACGGAGAAAGACGUCAUCGGGGGUCUCUGUAGCCUGGCCAACAUCCCGCUGACACCAGAGACCCAGCGGGACCAGGAGCGGCGCAUCCGGCGUGAGAUCGCCAACAGCAACGAGCGCCGGCGCAUGCAGAGCAUCAACGCAGGAUUCCAGUCCCUGAAAACACUGAUCCCACACACUGACGGGGAGAAGCUCAGCAAGGCUGCCAUUCUCCAGCAGACAGCGGAUUACAUUUUCUCACUGGAGCAGGAAAAGACUCGGCUGCUGCAACAGAACACUCAGCUGAAGCGCUUCAUCCAGGAGUUUGGAGGCUCGUCCCCGAAGCGGAGACGGGCGGAGGAGAAGGACGAGGGAAUCGGCUCCCCGGACAUCCUGGAGGAUGACAAGGCGGAGGACCUGCGCAGGGAGAUGCUCGAGCUCCGGCAGCAGCUGGAUAAGGAGCGUGCCGUCAGGAUGAUGCUGGAAGAGCAGGCGCGCACUCUGGAGGCACACAUGUACCCCGAGAAGCUGAAGGGGAUCGCUCAGCAGGUGCAGCUGGAGCAGGAGCUAGAGAGCCUGGAGAGGGAGAGAGAGACACAGCCGCCCGCGCAGACCUGCCAGCUGUUGCUUCCAGCCUCCCCCCCUGAGCCCACCCACCACGCCACAGUCAUCGUGCCAGCGCCGGCCCCGCCCCCAGCAGCGCAUCACGUCACCGUGGUAACCAUGGGGCCUACCUCCGUCAUCAACACAGUGUCCACAUCACGGCAGAACCUGGACACCAUCGUGCAGGCGAUCCAGCACAUCGAGGGAACACAGGAAAAGCCCAGCGACGAGGAGCAGCGGCGAGCGGUCAUCGUCACGCCGGUCAGGGCAUUCUCGGAGCUCGGCCACGACUCGGACACGGCGUCGGACAGCGAGGGGGAGAGGAUGAGGGAGCUGCCCUGAUGGGAGGAGGAGGAGGAUCCUGCUCCCGCUGCUCCCGCUGCUGCUGCUGCUGCUGCUGCUCACGCCGCUGCUGGGGGACGAUCCAUUCGGCGCGGAGUGUCAGCUCGAUUUUCAACCCAACGCAAAUAGGUCUUUUUUUCAGACCUUACCGAUACUGUACAAAACUAAAACAAGAAUUAUAUAUAUAUAUAUAUAUAUAUAUAUAUAUAUA